CCGUAACAAAUAAAAAGCUAUAUUUCGCCAUCCAUCGUAUGCACUUAUUAAAAUCACGUGUUUUCAGUUUUGCAUUGGAGCCACAGAUUACUAAGAAUUCUUUUUUUUUUUAAUUUUUUCUUAAAUGUUACGUACUGCUUGUAGACCUAUUUUAGCUCGUUAUUCUAAACCCAUUACACAAAAAAGCUUUUUAUUAUUUAAACAAAUGUCUGUUAAAAGUGAAUCUGAAUGGAAGGUCGUGCUUACACCUGAACAGUUCCGUGUACUUCGUCAAAAAGGAACGGAGCCUGCCGGAACUGGUGAAUAUAACAAGACUUAUAAAAAAGGCGUAUAUCAUUGUGCGGGAUGUAAUGCACCUCUUUAUGUUUCGGAUACAAAGUUUGACAGUAAAUGUGGUUGGCCUGCAUUUUUUGAUAGUAUUCCCGGUGCACUCACAAGAAAUGUUGAUGUGUCUCAUGGUAUGGAGCGUACAGAGAUUUGUUGUGCCAAAUGCGGUGGUCACCUCGGACAUGUUUUCAAAGGAGAAGGUUUUAAUACGCCCACUGAUGAAAGACAUUGCGUAAAUAGUAUUAGUCUCAAGUUUAACCCAUAACACAAGUGUCAUCAGAUAAAUAAUAAACUUUUCUGACACAUUUUCUAAAUAAGAAUCUAAUUGGUAAUUAUGUGCCAUAAGAUAGAAAAUCGUCAUUUACAGUCGUUCCCCACUCCCGUUUCAUUCACGUGCGUGACUGUGAAAAUAAGUUGGAUGCCAAAAAAAGAAACAACCAAACUGCCAGGAAAGUUUAUCAGACCCCAAGCUCUCUACAAAGCAUUGUAAGAAGUACGGGAUUAAUACAAUGAUAGCUACUAUUUCUCUGUCCAAAUGGUCAAACACUGAGGAUUUGAUUUAAGCUUAAUUCUCAUCAGGAAGAGCUAAAUCAACAAGCUUCCGACCGUGUUUUGACAAAUAGGUUCGAUGCUUCUCUUUAGUUUC